AUGUCUGAAAGACGAAUCCAUACGUUCCCUGAGGGGAACUCAUUUGUCAGCUAUAAUCAAAAUGUAGAUCGUCUUACAAUUGGGAACACCAUUGGUCUCGUUAAGAUGAUCAAUAUUGAAGAUCCAGACAAAGAUCCCAUCUCCAUCGAUAUAAUGGAAAAUAUCACCAGUUUAUGUCAGCAUGGCCAUAGUGUGGCUGCUGCUACGAUAAGUGGAGUUUUGGAACUCUUGGAAAUAAGAACACCAUCUAGCCGUCAAACAGUAUUCCGUUCUCCGUUACCUUUACGUGCUGCGAUAUUCAUCAAUGAUGGAACGCGUUUGGCAUGUGGUGGUGACGACACCAAAUUAAUCAUUAUCGAUUUAACAGCAGAAAAUAAAGCCAUCGAGAUUAACAUACCUGAUCAGCUUGUGGACGUAUCAUAUAAUCACACUGGUGAACUUUUGGCAGUGAGUUUGUCCAAUGGUGAUGUAUUGGUAUACUCUGCCACUAAUGAUGAACCACGACUUGUGGAAUUGCUUCCUAAAAUUGGAGUACCAAAAAUUCAUACGUCAAUGGAUGAAGUGGAUUAUAAUGGAGAGAAUCAAGAUGAAUUGGUAUGUACAAGAACUUCAUGGACCACCAAAGGUGAUUAUUUGUUAGUGCCAUCUAUAUCUAAUUCCAUCAAACUUUAUGCUAGAGCCAAUUGGCUUGAACCAGCAGGAGAUUUUCCCCUGUCAAAUAAUAAAAUUGUUGAUUAUCUGUUAAAUGGUUCGGCUCUUAUAGUGGCCUACACCAAUGGAGAGAUUGUGGUAUACGAUUUCAAAACGAAAAGAGAACUUAAACGUACUGCGGUGGAUCUAGACGGUUACUAUUUAAUCGAUAUCCAUGUAUAUCGUCGUAAUGCGUUUUUAGGUACGUCAAAAGGUGAAAUCAUCGAAUUAAGUAAUUUUAUUCCUACUAGCAAUAAUGCAAUGAGCUACCUUUUUGACGAAGCAGAAGAAUCUGAAAAUGAAGAUGAAGGAGAGGACGUGGAAGAAGAUGAAGAAGGUGAUGCUGCUGAUAUUCUUCGUGAGGAAGAAAACAUCAAAAGCCGCAAGGUUAUGCUUCAUAAUGAAGAUUCAAUGCUAUUGGAUGCUGAUGAUGAAGAUGAUGAACAUGUACAUCAAUUGGGAGGUGCCAAAAGAACUCUUCUGGACCUUGAAGAGGAAAAAGGCGCUAGUGACAUUGGAUCAGAUGAUGCUCUUGAUAAUUUCCAAGAUGCAGAAGAAUUAGAUGCAUUAUUUGGUGAUAAUACUUAUAGUCAUAAGAAGGCCCGUUUCACAAGUAAUGGAAAUGGAUCUCAUAAGCCAUUUACAACAACCACAGCAUCGACUUCAUUUUCUACUUACAAUGAAAAGGAAGUGGUUCCUUAUUCACCAGGAGGAACUCCUUGGCAUGGAGAUCGAAGAUAUUUGUCUAUGAACUCCAUUGGAUACGUUUGGAUUACUAAAUAUGCUGAUCUGACUUCUAAAUCAGUGACAGUAUCACUUUUCGAUAGAGCAGUCCACAAAGACUAUCAUUUGACAGACACAGAUGAAUAUGACCUUUGUUCCUUAAAUAAGCUGGGUAUUUUAUUAGGAGUUUCUGGGUAUUCUACUAAACAUCAGGCGAAUAACGGGAAGAUAUACUUUCGUUUUCACAGAGAUAACUUUGAUGCAUGGGAGAAGCAAAUCCCCUUACAUUCGGGUGAAUAUGUUACCAAUAUCAGUCUUACACAUCAACAACCAGAUGAAGAUGAGCGAAGACUUAACGAAGAAACCAAGAUCAUUGUGGGUACUAGUUUCGGAUAUGUUCGGAUAUACAAUUUGUAUGGUCUUUGUCUUCAUAUAAUGAAGUUAGCACCAGUUGUUGCCACAAUGUCUUCAUCCAAGGGUAUAGUGUUUAUUAUAAACCAGUUGGGUAAUAAUAUAUUUGGAGCAUCGAUUCUUAAUACCGAAACCAAUAUAACUUUCCUUCAACAGAAUUCAGUACUUCCCUUAAAGCAAUCUCCAACAAAUUCCACAGUUCCUUUAAUUAAGGGGAUGUUUUUCAAUGAGAAUGGUGACCCGUGUCUUGUAGCUGGGAUUGACGACACUUUGUUAGUGAUGACAGGAUGGCGAGAGUCCAACAAUGCAAGAUGGGUACCACUUCUUAACUGUCACGAAGCCAUAACAGAAGGUGGAAAAAAUCCAAAUAAGAAGAAUUGGAAAUGUUGGCCCCUUGGAUUAUAUGAAGAGAACCUACUGUGUUUGAUUCUUAAAAACAAUUCACAGUACCCAGGGUUCCCCUUAAGUUUGCCCAUUGAAAUCAACAUCCAGGUCCCCGUGAAUGUCAAAGAGGACACAAGAAAUGACAAGAAAGACGAUGAUGGUGAUGAAGAUGGAGAAGAGAAGGAAAAUACUACUGCUGGCCAACUUGAUUUAGAAGAAAGCUAUAUCCGUGCACUUACUAUGGGGAAACUUGUCAAUGAUAGCUACAUUGAAGAAGCUGAAGGUGAAGGAGAAGAGACAGAGAAGUUGAUGGAUGCCAUUCAAAAUUAUGCUGUACAAUUUGAUGGGUCACUUCUCAAACUCUUUGCAGGUGCUGUUCAAAACGAACAAUUGAAACGGGCAUUUAGCAUUGCCAGAAUGAUCAAAUCAGAAAAGGCUCUAACCUCAGCACUUAAAAUUUGCGAGCGUAUGGAUCAAGCAAAACUUGGGUUCCGUAUAGGAGAGCUACGUAAUGCUCUAUUUGAUGAUGAUGGCUUAUAA